AUGACAUUAUUAACAACAAAUAAUAAUAUUACCAUAGUCAUGGAAGUGGUGGGGUUUGUACAGGAGAUGUUGCAGAACGUCGUUGAACAUGCUGCAAGCUACCGUUUAGGGCAGAGUGUAUUGCGUCAAAUCGAUCGAGUGCUGUGGACACUAGAGAAGAGUGCACAAUGGGCUGUACCGCCUCCAUUGGAUCAGGAUGAACACCCACAACCAGAGCUGAUUCGUCCAUUGCCUUGGGUGGUCUUUCUCGCGUUACUUGUGGUGCUUCGCGUCACCCGGGAGUCUAUAUCUCUUGGUAACCUUGUUUUGGGUAAACCUCCAUUAAGAUCGGCAGAUGUAGUUACAUACAUUCAAGGCAAACGACGCUACCUUCGAACGCUUAAGUACCAGGGCAACAGAAUGAUGCGAGCGCGUACGAAACCGACUCAUCCAAGUCAUUCUUGGUUCAGCAGCCUGCAGUCGCUAUUUGAGUUCACCAUGUGCUUCCGAAGACAACCGCAGAACUACGGCAACAAUAACACUACGCGUGUCAGCAAUAACGAUGAGGUUUUUGUAGUGAACCGCAAUAAUAAUGGAGAAAAAGAAACCAGUCCAGUUGCGUCUGCUAGCGAGGACACCAUGGAAAGACUUAUUGAGAAGAUGAUGGUGGAUCUACAGACGGACUCCGAUGAUGAUUCUAGUUACACGUCAACUAAUCCAAUGAGCCUAAAAAGUGAUCCUUCUGAAGACGGAGCCGAUUCAGAACAAGGAACAAUCCCGAACGACAUCUUACCUAACGAAUCUAAUCUAUCUGAACCCCAUUUUAAUGACAGCUGUCAAGUUGCCACUUCUACUCCAGAAAAGGACAGAUUCAAUUAUAUUGAACAGUCUGGAAAAGUAAACAAAGUAAACAACGUACACUUAUUGAAAAUAAAGGAGGUCAAUGAACUUGUGGUGGAAGAUAACGACAAAACGAGAUUAGAGACCACCUCAACCGUAGAUGUACAACAUACUAAUGAAGUUGCAACGUCAGCUAAGGAAGAAACAAUUCUAUUACUUCAGAGUGAGAUAAACAUUACACAAAAUAAUAAACCUCAACGUCCGUCGAAGCAUAUGCUAGGUAUCGAGAACCUGCUGGAGCCGGCCGAAACCAAAGCAUAA